AUGCCGAGCACGGCAAUAGUGGCACCUUGCAAAGGCUCUUCCAGACAAAAGCGGGCUCUUUGUUUAACUUCGCAACUUCGGACUUACCCCGCAAGCAACCCGAGCAGCAAGGAGGACAAGCUACUAGUUAGCCCAAAAAUAUUUAAGAAUUGUCAUUAUCUGCCAACUGAAGCCAGCGCCGCUCUGGAGAGAAUGGGCCACAAACAAGAGUUGAAGCGCAGUUUCUCUAUGGUUUCUAUGCUCGGGCUGGCUUUUGCAAUUUUGAACUCAUGGACGGCUCUUGCCGCGUCAAUAAACUUGGCUCUACCCUCUGGCGGCCCUAGCUCCGUCAUUUGGGGCUUCAUGGUUGCAGGAAUAUGCAAUCUGGCCUUGGCCGCUUCUCUCGCAGAAUUUUUGUCUGCAUAUCCUACAGCUGGUGGCCAAUAUCACUGGGCGGCAAUUGUUUCAUGGAAACGUGUCAGUCGCGGUGUAAGCUACGUCACAGGCUGGAUUAGCGUAUCAGGCUGGGUUGCUCUCAGUGCCACGGGUGGACUUCUGGCAAGCCAAUUCAUCAUGGAUAUUAUGUUUCUCCUGCAUCCAAAAUAUAAAGCAGAGCCAUGGCAUCAAUUCCUUCUGUACACGACAGUCACGUUGGUUGCCUUGGCCAUCAAUACGUUCCUCACGAGACUGCUGCCGUACCUGACCAAGGCCGCUUUCUUCUGGUCAGUUGUGGGUUUCAUUGUUAUAAGCAUAACGACCCUAGCUUGUGCCUCGCCUCAGUAUCAAAGUGCCUCGUGGGUGUACGGAGAAUUUUUCAACAAGUCAGGUUGGCCGGACGGAAUUGCUUGGUUGCUUGGCCUUCUGCAAGGCGCCUUCGCCUUGACUGGCUUCGAUGCGACAGCUCAUAUGAUUGAAGAAAUACCCGAGCCGCAUGUUCAAGGACCCAAAAUUAUGAUCUACUGCAUCUUGAUUGGUAUGGUUACCGGAUUCAUAUUUCUCAGCUGCAUUCUCUUCUGCGUUACCGAUGUCGAAAGAGUGAUCGUCAGUCCUCGGGGCCCGCUACUGGAGCUAUUUAUGCAGGCGACUGGCAAUGCGGCGGGCAGUACAUGCCUAGUGAUGUUUCCCUUGAUCUGUGUGUUGUUUGCAGUUACUAGCAUCAUGUGCACUUCAAGCCGCAUGACUUGGGCUUUUGCGCGCGACAACGGACUUCCUUUCAGCGCGACGUUUGCAAAGGUUCAUCCCAGGCUGAAUUUACCGCUUAAUGCGUUGCUGUGGACGACUGCUUGGGUCAUAAUGUUUGGAUUUGUCUUACUCGGCUCUUCCGUAGCGCUCAGUGCUAUUACGGCGGCUUCUGUGGUCGCUCUCGGAAUCACAUAUGCAAUUCCCCCAACAAUUAACUGCCUCAGACUUAGGAGGGCAUUGCCGGAAAAUCGAGCCUUCAAGUUGAAAGGCGCCACUGGGUGGGUGCUAAACAUGAUCGGGAUAUUCUGGACUAUCCUUACCACAGUUCUCUUUGAGCCACUUGGGUGGUUGGCGGCACAACACUUCGGGAGAUUCAGACGAGUUGGAAGAAAAGAUAGAGCCAUGAAUUCACAUCUGUGUUGGCCGAGGUGGGUUGCCCCAAGCGUUUCCUGCGCAAGUUCGAAGCUUAUGAGAAUGAAUGCUGGCAUCUGA